AUGGACGAGAGCCCCGUCAAUAAGGCCAACGCUUUUGCAACUGCUGCCGAAGAGUAUGCUGAACAAGGCAACCUCUCCAUGGCCAUGGAGGCUCAUUUUCGAGCAGCCGAGCAGUUCCUCAUCGCCACCAACUUCACCACCGACCAGGAGCCUGCGGCCACCGGCGCUAGACUCCCCCCAAACUAUCCUCAGUCAAAAUACUCUCCCGUCCGACCUCAUAUUCCAUCCUUGAACCAGCGAACGACACCAUCGUCCAUGAAGGGUACCGUCGGAUCCCACAGCCAACACCUCCCUCAGACAGCCUCGCCGCUGGCAGCCUAUCCCGCAAACUCAGGACCCAGUGAUGGCGAUCUCUAUGGAUCCCGAAACUACUUCCUGGGCCAGGAAAGCGGCAGCAUCCUCGGCAACUCACAGGGCGUCGUCGGCACUGGCAGUCCCGCAGCAGGCUACGUGCUGUCUAAUCCAGCUCCUGCCACGGUGCCUGUCGAGUCUCUGGAUGCCUCCGAGGCCGGGCGACGGUCGAUUGAGAAAAGCUACUUUAUCAUGAAUAGCCAGGCGAAUGACGCGGACGAUGAUCCAGAGGAUCCCUUCAACAAGUUUUGGGACGUUGUCGAGAGUUUGGUUCAAAAGGUCUCGAUCACCGGACCAAUAGCAUUUGCCACGGCUCCAAUUCCGUCGGCAAAUGCGCCCGUUCCUCCUUCCUCUGCCCUUGCACCGCUCGAGUAUCAACAAACCAUCCCCGAGUAUGCGCACCAAGACUCAUCGUGGGGAAACCCGCCCGACGGUGUUCGGCAUGAACCUAACCCGCGCGAUAUGUCCGACACCAUGAAGACCACAAGCAUCCUCAACUCGUACUUUAUGGUGCCCAAUGGCGACAAGAUCGGUUCGUCGGUCCUUCCGGUCAGCAGCCCCGCCGGGUCGGACCAUGAGCGCUCCGGUCCCCAGUCUACCUUUGCGGGCGCGAGCCCUGCCGCUCGAUUCGGAGGCGAAAAUGUCGUCUUUGGCGAUCCCAGCGCGUCCAUCGACUCAAACUACUUUGGGCAGGCCCGAACUGCCAACGCGGACACAGCCGCUGAGGUCGACGUUGGCCGAGCGAGUGAGGCCAUUGGAGGCAAGGUCGAGAGCACUGGCUCCUUCUCAUCAGGCAUUCUCACAUCCGCCUCGUCUGUUACCAAGCCAAGCGUCGCAACAGUAAACCGAACCGCGGAUGAGCUCAUGGCCGAAAACGACGAGCUCCGGACGACAAUCGAUGCGCUGACAAAGCGUCUGGCUGUUAUGGAGAAGGCGUGGGAAGAGAAUAGUGUUCUCCGCAACAGCAUCAUCCAGUUCCGCCAGGACGUCCAGAAGCAAGCCAAGCGGUAUAAGCAGAGCCCUCUUGGUCUCUCUCGCCAGUACUCGACCCCGGCCUCUGGCAAACAUGUUGGCACCAUGACCGAUCCCAUGGACACCGACUUGCAAUCCCGAGUGGCUGAACUCGAAGCCGAGCUCGAAAAGUGCAAGCAAGAGAACGAGGCGCAGACACUGGUGAUGAACAAGUAUAAAGACCGAUGGGAACGGCUCAAGGAGUCGGCUCGCAAGAAGAAAGAGUCCAAAGAGAGCUUCAAUCCAUCCGAGUCAGUUGGAUCGUCAUCAACCCGGGAGGACAGCACCCCGUCGAAUGAACUAUCGAGCAACGGCUCGCCCGCCCAUGUCUGCAGCAGCCCGACUACCCAUUCCACCGGCACUUAUGACGCACGACGCAAGAGCUUCGGCCCCUCCGAGCCCAGCCCAGGAAGCAGCAGCCCGCACUCAGUCGUGGCCCGACCGGCUUCGACGAUUGUGCCAAUUCUCUCCAAGACGACCUCCCUAUCAAUGGUGCCGUCGUCGUCGGAGGGUGCCAAGGGCCUGGCCAACAUCGGCGGCGGUUACAGCCCUCCCCACGUCGUUACUCGGCCCAAGAGCACCAGCAUCACAUUCUCGAAGAAGAUCGAGUCCCAGCCGCCGGUGCCACCCUCUCCAAACAGGAGCGUCUCCAACUCGGUGAUCAGCGGACAGAGCCUCUUCUUUUCGGCGACAAGCGGCGCUGGGUUUGAGUGA